ACAGACAACAUUUGCGUAAGAUAAGUACCAAAAAAUUAAUCGCUGAACAUUGUUAUCAGCUUUUCGGUGGUUUUGUCUGAGGAAUGCCAAGGGGGAAAGGGAUAAAUCCGGAGUUGGCCCUUGCUGUACACCGGGCCCGAGCGAGUUUGACUUACGCUGCAACGGGACAAAUCUUUGGGAAGGGUGAAGCCUGGGUUCGCUCAACUUGCAAGCGGUACGAUAGCCAAACGGGGCUGCCUCAUAACCCUAAAAAACGGGGACGGAAGCAGAACACCACGGCUAAACAGGACGCCGAGAUUGUCAACUUGGUGAAGAGUCAUCCCACGGAAUCCUGGCGGGAGAUAACCGCUAGGCUCGGUGUGGAAACGGGUAUAUUUCUGUCGAAAAACGCCAUACGUACUCGCCUGGAGAGAGGGACACCCGAGAUGGAGCAGAGUUCUUCGAAAUCAUCCACAGCAUGGCCGCAGGUUGUUCUUUUUGGCGAUUCCCAUUUUCAGAAUGGAUUCGCUAAUAAUGGAAUUGCAAGUUUAAUCGCUGCAAAGUUGCAACGGCGCUGCGACGUCCUCACCCGCGGUUUCAAUGGUUACAACACACGGCUGGGACGGUGCGCACUGGAUCUGUUUCUGCCGGACAUUCCCAGUGAGAAAAUUGCUGCGUUUGUGAUUCUGUUCGGAUCCAAUGAUUGCUGCCUGACGGGCAAUCAGGUGCAUCUGGGUAUGGGAGACUUUGUCGACAAUCUCACUUACUUCGUCCAGACAUUGACGAAUCACGGAGUACCAGCCAACCGUAUCAUUUUAAUGUCUCCCCCGCCCACCGAUCAAGAGGCAUGGACACGCGAAUGUCAUGCCGUGGGACGCCCAGUCUCCACCCGGGACAACGGUAUCAUUGAAAAGUAUUCCAUGUCGACGGGCAUCGUGGCUUCCGGUGAAGGAGCACACUUUGCGGAUCUCUUCGCCACGAUGCUCGCCAGUCCGAACUGGAAGUCCUUCUUGUCGGACGGACUGCAUCUCAACGCGAACGGCGCCCGGGAAAUGUUCGGCCUGUUGGAACCGCUUCUUGACACGAUCUUACAGUCCUGUCCCAUGCGCUUUCCCGACUGGAAGGAAGUCAAUCUGGAUAGUCCCGAGGCUGAUUUUCGUCAGAUUGCCUCUUGAACUCUGGUGAUAUAUGUACAUAAAAGCGCUGUUUGCGGCCUUCGAUUUGGAGCUUACGGCGGAGCGGAGAAGUCUAACAGCCAAUAUGUCGUCAUUUCACCUUUCCCCUGGAACGGAAAAGAAAUAUCGAUAAUAUUGCAGGUGUGGAUGUUACUUUCUGCUGCCUACCUUUAUCACAAUGCUCCCGCGCGAUUCCAUUUGAAAUCCACCAAGUUCAUCCAGUAGCGCCUUGGUCGUUCCGCUAAGAUGGAUCUUUGAUACUGUUUUCAUAACAGAGAAUUAAUCUUCUUUUUUGAAUGUGGUACACUUUAACAAAUUUUUGUAAACUUCUGAGUGCAGUAAUGGAAUCGCUGAUUUUCUGAACUUCUUUUUUUGGAUUAUUUUGUACGCGGAUUAAGUAAUGGAUAUACGGAAACUGAUUCUAUUAAACGUACCAGCGCCGUGGCUUUCCAUACGGCU